GAACGGGAAGAGAAUGGUGGAGGAAUCGGACCUGAGGAAGUACUUGGAGAAGUGGGACAAGACUUACUGGCCGACUUACAAGGUUCUGGAUGUGCUGCAGAAGGUGUUCUACAGGUCGAAUCCGGCGAGGGAAGCUUUUGUGGAGAUGUGCGCCGACGAGUAUGUGCAGAAGAUGACAUUCGACAGCUACUUGUACAAGAAAGUGGUGCCUGGGAAUCCAUUGGAGGACUUGAAAUUGGCUGUCAACACCAUUGGGAGCUUGGUCAGGGCCAAUGCUCUCAGGAGGGAGAUGGAAAAAAUUAGUUCAUGAGAAGAACAACACAACUUUCAACUUAAUCAUCAAUCCUCUGUUAAAAAAGGAAUCUUAGUUUACUUUGCAUCCACAUAUUCAAUCAUAGAUUUUGUAGAUGGGAUGUUUUUUAAUGUUAAGUAAUCAUCUUCGCUUCACUUUGUGGGGGUUGAUUUCCUCUCCUUUUCUCAGCCAUUUUAAGCUCAAAUUUGAGUUAGACAAUGAAAGAGACCACUGUUUUGUUGUUAUUUGUUUGGGAAUGUGCAAUUCCUUUAACUA